AUGGCCCUGUCACAAUACCAUACGUCCAGUCGAAAAUCGAAGCCGCAGACCACGCGCAGCGGCCGCUAUCGUCAAUACAAGCCGGACGUCCCAACUUGCCACUCGCACUUAGCACCUACAGCCACUUCGGGUGCCCUCGACUCUCCCGGCUGCGAAUCUGCGCGUUCUCAGCCACUUUCUCGCAUAUCCGUCCCGCGUGAUGCAGGAAUGUGCACGCGGUGCCCCAUGGAAUGUCGGCUCGGGUACACCCCCGAUGCCUGGUCCUGCCAAAUCUCCGUCCGGUGGGAGUUCGACAGCACGGGCAAGCGGCUCGAGGAGGUGCAGGAGGUUCCCUUCGGGCCGUGCCUCAUGGACAAGACGCUCGUGGAGCCGAUGCUGCGCCGCGCGCAGGCGGCGAUCCUCAGCGCGUCGGGCGGCACGGGGAGCCAGGAGGCCGCGGUCGUUCUGUUUUCCGCACGUAUCGUCCAGAACACGGAGGCCGAGGUCGUGACACUUGUCGAAGACCUCGUGACGUCGUACAUCGAGAGAAACUGCUUGAUUCUCGUUGCACUUCCUAUGAGCGACGACAUCGAGAACCAAAAGGCCGCACGCAUCGCGAAGCACGCCGACCCCCAAGGUGUACGCACCAUCGGCGUGCUCACAAAGCCCGACACGAUCCCCGUGGGGUCGACGAAGCGCCGCGACAUGUGGCUCGACGUGCUCGAGGGGCGCGAGCACGCGCUCCAACACCGCUACUACUGCACGCGCCAGCCGGACGACGACCAGCGGCUUACGGGGAUCACGCCCGCCGCGGCGCGCACGGCGGAGGCGGACUUCUUCCGCACGACGGUGCCGUGGAGCGGGUCGACGUGUCCGCACCGGUUCGGGACGCAGAACCUCGUGAGAAGCAUCAGCGAGCUCCUGACGCGCAUCAUCAGCGAUUCGCUGUCGAAGCUCAUUGGGGAGGUCGCGGCGCAGCUGGCGGCGACGAACAAGCUGCUCGAGGGGCUCCCGCCGGCAGUCACGUCGGAGCCGUCCGUGUUUGUGCUCGACCUUGUGACGAAGUUUCGCAACGACAUCGUCAAACUCAUCGAGGGCUCCCCGCGGCACACACGCCUCGUGCAGGCCAAUCGCGACACGUACGAGAAGUUCAAGUAUGCGAUCCUCGGGAGCGCCCCGCCAUUCCUGCCAUACGAGAACGCGCAAGUGGCGCCAAAGACGAAGACCAAGGCAAGGCACAUGAAGAUCGACGACAAGGAUGCGGGCAGGGUGUUGCGCGUCGCGAGGUACCUGUACCUCGAGGACGUGCGCGAGCACAUCCGCGCGUACCUGCCAAAUAACAUACCGUACCCGGCGAAGCGGUCGCUCAUACACGAGUUCCAAGAGUCGUGGGAGGCACACGUCUUGGACUGCUUCGACCACGUGCCGGUCGACUUCAAGACGAGCAUUGGCGAGCUCGUCAAGCACCGCUUCGAGCGGUUCAGCCACCUCAAGGGUGUCGUCGUGCCGGCGCUGAUGGAGCAGGUCAAUGCGUGCGCCAACGAGACACUCGCAAACGUACACACCAUCUUGAAGCUCGGGCGCGCGGCGCCGUACACGCAAAAUAUCCACUACUUUGCGGACAAGCGCGACAGGCAGCUCGCGCAGUACAAGCAGGCAGGUGCGUUCCGCGCUGGGAAGGUUGCGAAAGGCAACAGCGGACGGUCAAACGGGGACAGUGAGGAUGAUAGUGAGGAGGAGGGGUCAGCAGGCGGGAGUGGGAGCGGGACGUUCUCGCGCGCGCCGAAGACACUGGGCCCGAAGGAGAAGGAAAAGGUGCUGAGCGCGCUGGCGGAGCUGACAAAGCUCGGUCACCCUGUGAAGGAGGACGACCUCGGGAAGCUGAACCCACCGGACAAGUACCAGGAGGAGCUCGAGGUGGUGGCGGAGGUGCGCGCGUACUUCCAGGUGUACAAGGUGUGUUCGGCUCGCGCUUUCGUCGCUUUGCGGGCGGUAUUGACAGUCGUCCUCGCCCAGCGCAUCAUCGACUAUAUCCCACUCUCGAUCGACCAGCACUUCCUGUACGCGCUAGCGGAGCGGCUGCAGGGCGUCCUAAUCGAGAAGCUGGGGCUCGGGUCGGCGAGGGCGGACGCGUGGUGUGCGCAGUACGUCGCGGAGGACCCGCACAUCAACGCGCAGCGCGCAGAGCUCCUCGCAAAGAAGAAGAAGCUCAAGAGCGUGCAGCAAGCGCUGUUCAACUUCGGACUGUGA